GAAUGUGUGUCAAGACAUUUACAAAACCAGAUAAUAAGAAACUCUUUGUGAAUAUAUGUUUAACAGAUGCUAUUCCCUGCCCCAGGGAUAUCACUAAUAAUGAAUUGAUGCAAAUCUUGAGUUCUGAAGACCCAUCUAGUUACAGAGUUCCCAUGAGCAUUGGGGAAGGCAGAAUUGAACAAGACAAAUCAGGAGCACCAGCAACUGUCUACGAUGUCGCCAUAAAUCCUGAUUUUUUUAAGAAAGUAGAGAAAGAUGACUUAUUUCAAACUUUUUUCUUAACUGUUGUCCUUGAAGGGUUGCAAGAUAAGUACCAAUUGGAAAUAGAUAUGCAAAAGUAUACUAUUUUGAAGAAUAGAAAGUCAAUUGGUACAUUACAAUCUCAUAGAAUACAAAUAAGAGAUAUCAAGAGUGUUGAAGAGAAAACAAAACCUCCACUUAUCGAAGAAAUUCAGGCUCCAAACCAAGAUCUGUCUAAAAAAGAAAUAGUCUACAGGCUUACGAGGGUGCCACCAAUAGGGGAAAUUGAAUACCUCUUAGCUGAAUUUAAAAUACCUCCUUGUAUUGAAUUAAAAGACUUGAGUUUAGUCAUCGGUGAAGAUCGUUUGGUUUUGGAUAGCAAGCGAUUCGAAGUUGUGGAUUUCUUCCUACCUUGCAGCGUUGAUCAAGACAUAAUAGAUGCCCAAUUGAAUAGGAAUAAUAAUAUUUUGUACGUGAAAAUGCCUGUUAUACACUAAAGGCCAUUCUUUAAAGAUUUCUUUUAACUAGUAUAAUAAAAUAUUUGCUACUAUCUUCUGAA